AUGUCGAAGACAGGUGAGGUCGUAUGCGUUACCGGUGGAAGUGGCUGCAUUGGAUCAUGGGUCGUCCGCCUCCUCCUCGACCGUAAUUACACCGUCCAUGCCACCGUCAAAGAUCUCAAGGACGAGGGUGAGACGAAGCAUCUAGAAGCCCUAGAAGGAGCAUCGACGCGUCUCCGUCUCUUCCAGAUCGACCUCCUCGACUACAACUCCAUCUUCGCCGCCAUCAAUGGCUGCUCCGGCGUCUUCCACCUCGCCUCUCCUUGCAUCAUCGAUCAAGUCCAAGACCCCGAGAAGGAGCUUCUGGACACGGCGAUCAAAGGAACGCUUAAUGUUCUGACGGCAGCGAAGCAGUCUGGGGUCAGGCGAGUGGUGCUGACAUCCUCCAACUCCGCCAUCAUUCCCAGCCCUCGCUGGCCGUCCGAUAAGAUCAAGGGUGAGGAUUGCUGGACCGAUAUUGACUACUGCAAGCAGAAGGGAUUGUGGUAUUCAUUGUCGAAAACUUUGGCGGAGAAAGCUGCGUGGGAAUUUGCCAAGGAGAAGGGAUUGGAUGUGGUUGUGGUGAAUCCUGGCACCGUGUUGGGCGAUGUCAUUUCGCCCAGGCUCAAUUCUAGCAUGGUGACGCUAGUGCGCCUUCUUGAGGGCUGCACUGAAACAUACGAGAACAUCUUUAUGGGAGCUGUGCAUUUUAAAGAUGUAGCUCUUGCACACAUUUUAGUGUAUGAGAACAAAUUGGCCACGGGUAGACACCUGUGCGUUGAAGCUAUAUCACAUUAUGGUGACUUCGUGGCCAAGGUAGCUGAACUUUACCCUGAGUACAAGGUUCCGAGUUUGCCGAAGGAUACCCAACCCGGGUUGCUGAGGGAAAAAAAUGGAGCGAAGAAGCUAAUGAACUUGGGUUUGGAGUUCAUUCCCAUGGAUCAAAUCAUCAAGGAUGCUGUUGAGAGCCUAAAGAGCAAGGGGUUUAUUUCAUAA